AAUCUGCGAUGCAGAAGGAGUAUGACAGCCUGAAAAACAUUGAGACAUGGAGUCUGGUCGAUCUUCCAGCAGGCGAAAAGGCUAUUGGUUGUAAAUGGGUUUUUACCACCAAGCGUGAUGAGUAUGGCAACGUUCAGCGUUUUAAAGCUAGAUUGGUCGCAAAAGGGUGCGGACACGUUACUCCUCAAUCAGAUUAGUGAUUGCGUUAGCUGUCGAGCACGGGAUGCACCUGCAUCAGAUGGAUGUCUCUGCAGCAUACCUGAACAGCGAGCUACACGAUGACGUGCAUAUGCGACAACCAGACGGUUUUAUCGACGCGCGUACUGAAGCUGAAGA